AUGCGACGGUUACUAAAGAAAGAGAUCCAAAAAUUAUGUGACGAAAUACAAUUAUUGGGUCUGAGUGAAAAAAACAAAAGGCACAGGGAAGAUCAAGUUAACAGGUACAGUUUAAAGAGAUUACCUGAUGCUCCUUCAUGUGGCCACAGAGGGAAGAAAAAUUACAGUUUAUUGAAGAUGCAAGAUAUAAAUAGUUUUCAUAGUGCAUUUUAUUCUGAAAAGACAAAAGCCAGCCAAGAUGCUUUCAUUCUUAAGUAUUGCACAGCAGAACAACCAAAAAGAACCAGACCAGGAGACGGAUCAAGACAUAUUAAAGGCGUAACCUACCAAUAUUGUAUUGAAACAACAGCAGGAAAUAGAUUACAGAUAUGUAGGAACACGUUUAUUAAUGUAUUGGGAAUCACAAAACGCAGAGUUGAAGGUUCAACAUUAGCUUUAAAAGGCCUUCGACAGAUGUGUGGUCAACCUGCCUUCAGUACAAAGAAAAAAUUAAAGUUGAAAAAAAAUGAAGCAAUAUUGCAAACGCUUAAAGCAGAAUACACUGUUCACACUACCCAUGCUAAAGAGUUUUUUAACCUUUUGAAAAAAGAUGAACUUAAUGUUGCUAUAAUGUCGUACGACAUGCAAACAAAUAUGCCUCUGCCAAAGCUCCCAGAUCAGAGUGUGUACAAUUCAAGACAGUUAUACUGCUAUAAUCUGACAAUAGUUUCUGGAUGUUCUACUGGAACCGAAGCUUUACGCAAAGAAAAUGUAUCAAUUUACUCUUGGGCCGAAUACGAAAUGAAAAAGUCUUCGAAUGAAAUAGCCUCUGCAGUAUUUGAAGAACUUGAGUGCAGAUCUAAAUCUGGUUACUUUGAAGGAAAAGACACCUUAAGGAUGGUAGCUAAUGGGUGUCCAGGCCAAAACAAGAAUACUAUUGUAUUAACGAUGUGCAUUUCUUGGGUGCACAGGACUAAAACUUCAACCACUACAGUGGAGCUUGUGUUUCCUCUUACCAGUUACUCAUAUAUGCCUAGUGAUAGAAUUUUUGGUGGCAGAGAACGAAGUUUAAAGAAAAGAGAUACAAUUGUGCAGCUUGAAGAGUAUCAUUCAGAAUUUAGUAAGCAUGGGACAGUCAAACUUUUAGGAAAAGACUGGACCAAACAAAAUUGGAAGUCAGAAGCUAAAAACUGUGUUAAAGACCCAAAAAAUCUUUAUUUUAAAAUUUCACAAGUCAAAAAGUUAAUUCUGACCAAGAAACAAAAAAUGAGCACCUACGAUAGUUCCAAACUCAGCGACUUUUCGUACGAUGACAGUUGCGACUCUGGAUUUGAAUACUCCUUCAAAUCAGAGUCUUCAGAAAUCGUUGAUGAUCGCAGUGAUUACAUCGAUUUAGAUAACGAAUUAUCUACUCCGCUGAAAAGAAAACUACCAGAGAAUUUCAACCGAGAGCUGUACGAUAAGUUCAACGCCGCCUUUCACAGUAGCCUUAUUGAACGUGUCAAACCACCGUUGCUGUAUGAACCCUGGAAAUCUUCACCAACCUACGAGUCCAACCCUUUCGAAAACGACAGCGAAGAGUUAGAAUUCUUUUGUAGACUGCGCAACAACGAAGAUAAAUGUUCGACCCCAGUCAAAGAAAAGCCGAAACGACGAUACGCCACUGGUCGUAAUCGGGUAUCUCGUGCCAAAAGUCCGACGCAGAUAAUGAGAAUCAAAAAAGUACGAAGACUGAAAGCUAACGAUAGAGAAAGGAAUAGAAUGCACAUGUUAAACGAAGCACUUGAACGUCUUCGUUGUGUUUUACCCACAUUUCCUGAAGAUACUAAGCUCACGAAGAUCGAAACGCUGCGUUUCGCUCACAACUAUAUUUAUGCCUUAUCGCAAGCUCUUAACGACAUCGAAAUGUAUUCAAACGGCGGCGAAAAUAUUACUGUAAACGUGGGAAACGUGGUUGUUUCCAUCAGCAAAAAUGGUAACGCUAUAACAGCUAAGAAUUUAGAACAAAAGUUAGGACAAGCUGUGGUUACCAGUGGUAGCAUAACAAAUGCCAGUUUCAUGCAAGAUUACAAUCAAGACACUGACAAUUUUGUUACAAAUACCUACCAGUAUAAUUGCAAUACGGAACUUCAACCCUACUGUGGUCAACAGCAGUACGAUCAAUAUCCAAACAGUGCAAAUUUUGGACAUUAUAAUAAUUAUCAAAUGGGGUACGACUAUAAUAGUUGUAUGAAGGUAUAG